AUGAAUUCUUCAAUUGAAAAUACCUAUCCAUACUAUUCCUAUAUUCCAUCUUGUAUCGCUGCAAAUAGUUUAGCAUUGAUUAUCUAUAUUUUAUUAAUCAUUUGGUUUAUUCAAUCCUUAUAUGUAAAAUGUAAUCCUCGCCCGAUAAUUAUUUUUAUAUAUGUAUCUCAUUUAGUAACGUUUAUUGAAUUAAUUUUUCGUGGUACACUUCAUAUUGAUAUUUUAAACACAAAAGUGUUUUAUCGUAUAACAUCAUCGUUAAUAAGUAUAUCACCUCGAUUAAUUCUUCUUGCAAAUUAUCAUUGUUUAAUUGAAUUACGAGGUAAAACACGAAGAAGAAUAUUAGAUCGAACUACUGACAUAAUGCUACCCUUUGGAGCAAUAUCAGCGGCUAUUCUUCUUAUUAUUGGAAAUCAAUUUGCAUUUAAUUCAAAUCGUUUUCAUUUAAGUUUUGCCCUUCGUCAAAUAUCAGCUGGUUUAGUUCUUGGUCUUUGUUUAUUCUUUUAUAUUGUUUGGCAUUUUUCAGUAUCACACUCUCGUCGUCUUUAUAUUUUACUAUUAUUAACAAUCUCAAGUAUUUGUGUUUUAAUUGAAGCCAUUUAUGUUCAAUUAAUGUCAAUUCCUUCUUUCUUUAUUAUUCUGAGUAAAAAUGAACUGUGGUAUUACUUAUUUCAUGUAAUUCCGGUUUUUGUUGGUCUUACGACCUGGUCGAUAUUUCACCCAUCAAGAUUAUUACCUCCACCGGAAAAUCAGGUUCAACAUGAUCAAUCUGGUAAAGAACUACUCCCACCACUUCCAUCAUCACUUGUUGAUUAA